CAUUUUCAAAGUAUCUUUUCUUGUUAACUUGAGGAAACAAAAAAGAAGAACAACUUUUAUAAACAAAGCCAAGCUUCAAAUCGGACUAAUGGAGUUUGCAUUUGAUCUCCUUCUUUGCUCCUGCAUCUUCUUGCUAUGCUUCUUCGGCUUCCUUUUUUUCCCAAGGAAGACUAAUCGCCGGCUGCCGCCAGGACCAGUCGGUCUUCCCUUUCUGGGUUCUCUGCUGGAGCUCGGCAACAAGGUCAAUGAAUCUCUGUACUCGCUGUCUAAAAUAUACGGGCCUCUCAUGACCAUACGCCUCGGGAUGAAGACGGUCAUUGUCGUCUCGUCGGCCAAGGUGGCCGAGGAGGUUCUGCACAAGCACGACCGAGACUUCUCCGGCCGAAGCGUGGGAGAGGCCGCGAAAACGCUGGACCACUACAAGCACUCGAUGGCGUGGCUCCCCGCCGGCCCGAGGUGGCGAGAGCUGAGGCGCUUCUGCAACACGGAGGUUUUCUCCUCCAAGCGGCUCGACGCCUUGCGAGGCCUACGCGAGAAGAAGGUUGAAGAACUCCUCCAGCACGUCCAGGCAGCCUCUGCCGACGGCUGCGCAGUCGACAUCGGCCGGUGCGCGUUGGUCACCGCCCUGAACAUCGUGUCGAACACCUUCUUCUCGAAGGACGUAGCCAAUCUGGAGCACGGGGUGGCGGCGCAGGAGUUGAAGGACCUGGUGGGGGGCAUCAUGGAGACGGCCGGGCGGCCGAACCUCGCCGACUUCUUCCCGCCGCUCCGUCUGGUGGAUCCUCAGGGCGUGCGGCGAGCCAUGACGGGUUUCUUCCAGCGGAUGCACGAGCUGUUCGACGCGAUGAUCGAGGAGCGCUUGCAGGCUUACGCUGCGGCUUCUUCUGUGCGGACUGACGACUUCUUAGACGUCCUGCUACAGCUGGGUGGGAAGCCUGGGUCUGAGUACACCAUGGACGUGCUCAAGAGCUUAUUCAUGGACAUGUUUGUUGCCGGCAGCGACACAACCUCCUCCACCAUCGAAUGGGCGAUGGCUGAACUACUUCACCACCCAGGAAAGAUGGCUGCUCUCCGGUCCGAGCUUAAAAAAUUCAUCGGCGACGGCCGCCCUGUGGAAGAGGCCGACAUCCCGCAGCUGGCUUACCUCGAUGCAGUGGUAAAGGAGACGCUGAGAUUGCACCCGCCGCUUCCUCUUCUCUUACCACACGAAUCAGAAGACACAGUCGAGCUUUGCGGCUACACCAUUCCGGGCGGCACUCAGACGAUCGUCAAUGCAUGGGCGAUCGGACGGGAUCCCCAGGCAUGGGAAGACCCCGUGUCAUUUUCACCGGAGAGGUUCGUCGGAUCGGAAAUAAACUACAAGGGUCGGGAUUUCAAGUUCAUUCCCUUCGGAGCAGGCCGGAGGAUUUGCGUCGGCCUUCCUCUGGCAAAGAGAGUUGUUCCAUUUGUUGUGGCUUCUCUCGUCCACCGCUUUUCAUGGAAGCUUCCUGAUGGGAUGACACCCGAACAACUUGAUAUGGACGACAUGUUUGGCCUCAUAUUGAAGAAACGCGUGCCCUUGAAGGUUGUUCCUGCACUGAACUUUUGACGGCUGCUUAAUGGGAAAUGUCUGAAUUUCUACUGUCAAAUGGAAUACUUGAUUAUGAAAAAUAGUGAAUGGUUUGGCUGUAACUUGUGAUUGGAGGGAUGCGAGUGACAAUUUGGUGACGACUAUAAACAAAAUGUAUGUAUUAUUGAAGUUUUAUAUUUAAUAGGAGUCAUAUCAGAUUAUAAAAUUGUAAGCAGGUUUC